AAAUUCUUUUUGAUGAAGGACGACCCUCUCAAGGGACCACGCUUGAAGAGCUCGAAGUACUUUGAAUACAAAUGUCCUAAAAAAAUUUUAGGCUUACAUGGAUUCUUCUAUAAAGAGCCAGCGUCAAAAUGGUGUCUUGAAACUUUUUUAAACAAUCUUAUAGAUAAAGAAACUGACUUGGACUUCGAACAAUCAAAAGAGCUUUUUUUUGCCAAUUUGACUCAAAUAAAAAACCACAAGGCCAUAGAUAAUCCUAUUCGUUUAUUUUGUUCUAAUUACAUUGACUGGAUAGAG